AUGCGAGCCUUUCGGGAACCCCUCCCUCCUGGAGCAAGUCUAGUCGAACGCCUGGGCCGUCACGCCCAAGCUCGAAUGCGACAGAGGUUCUCCUCGGGUGCUCCUAUACCGUCCCAACCAUUGGUGCCUCUCCCUCUCCAGGUAGAAUGUGAGAAUAUCGCCGACACGGCGUACAUUGCCCUUCAGAAUGAAGAAACACUUGACUGGUCCAUAACAGAUUGGUACAGCAAGAAUCGCAAGCGCAGCGCGGUCGCCGAUGAAAAAUCGAUAAACGCGAUGGAAUCCGCAUUCCCGCCAUCCUCUAGGGUGAAUCGCCUAGGUAAACCGAUACUCAGGCAAACCCCUUGUGUCGUCAAGGAUCGCAACGGGCGAAUUCUUACCUGGUAUCUUCCCAACUCGAUCCUCCCUGAACGACAAAAGGAAAUAGAAGAUGCCAUUCGAUGGCAUUCAUCCUCUCACGAAUCGUCUCCCUUCCUCGUGAGGGACAAUGGCAACUAUCGCGACCACGCCUCACUUUUUACCCAAGGCGAGGAUCUGACGUUCAAGCCCGGCGUAGUCACUUACUCCUCUGCGUGGCCGAUGCAGGGCCAUCCCGAUACCUUGGCUCCUUCAGCCAACCUCAAGAACCGACGGCAGGGUAGCCUUGAGUUCAUCGAGCGGAUAUCUGAAAGUGUCGCUGUCCUCGGAGCGAUUUUGGCCGUCAUACAUCCCGCUCUUUUUGAAAUGGGCUUGGAGAUGCUGGCCGGGCUCAAUUCGGGCAUCAUCCCCGCCGGUGACCUUGAACAUCUCAGAACACUCCUCAAAUAUUGGAGCUCCCCGUUCACCGCCUUCUCCCUCAUCAACAACCGAAGGACCGAUCUCCAUCGCGAUGUCUGUAGUCCGGUAUAUGUUUACGACUUGCUCUACACCGGCGGCAACUACGUGAACGGGAGAAUUGAGAUUCGAGGUAUCGGCAUCAGGUGCCGUUACGAUCCUGGUACUGUCGUAGCGACAUUGGCUUCAUGCUUCCCUCAUGGCGUUCCUCCAGUGGACGGUGAGCGGGUUUGCAUCGCACAUUUUUUCCGUGAACAGGCUCUUGAACAUCUCCCAUUUUAUCGACCCCCAGUAUUGCCUACACACCUCACGUUGAACCAUUUUUAUAGCCACAAUGAUUAG